CAAUGGUUGCUAUGAAAAACAAGAACAGUUGCAUUUAAUGUUGGUAAAUUCCAGUAGGUGCAUUUAUAUUCGAAAAGCAUCAACAAAACCGUUGUUUUGCCGCCAAAUGGAAAAUCGUAUUCGCACGAUGGAAGAGGUGAAAGUUGCAUUCAUUUACGAUAAAUCGGUGGAAAGGGAGUGCAAUAAAUUGCCGACGAUGUCCGAAAGGAGUUCACGUGUACAAAAUUUGAUAGAAUCUUUCGGACUUCUCGAUAGUACUUCGGUCAGAGUGGUGAAGCCUGUGUCUGCAACGGAAGAGGAGCUGAAGAGCUUCCACGACCCGAGUUACGUAGAUUUAAUCAAAAGGUUGGAUGAUGAUGAUGAUGGUAAUGAGAAGGACACGGAAGAGGAGCGCGAAAGGGUUGGAUUGACCUACGACUGUCCACCCUUGGAGGAUCUGCACGACUUCAUCGGAUCGAUCGGAGGAGCCACAAUCUCAGCGGCUAAGAUCCUCAGCAGAACGCGAAUCCCGUAUGCGAUCAAUUGGUUCGGCGGUUGGCACCAUGCCCAUAGAUCUUCAGCUGAAGGUUUUUGUUACGUGAACGAUAUAGUUUUGGGGAUAAUAGAGCUGCUGAAGAAGUUCGAACGAGUUUUAUAUAUAGAUUUGGACGUGCAUCACGGAAAUGGCGUUGAGGGAGCUUUCGAGAAAUGCAAAGACGUCUUAACCUUGUCUUUUCAUAAAAAAUCACCUGGCUUCUACCCGGGUUCUGGUUCAAUUGAGGAUGUAGGAAGUGGAGAUGCUCGUUACUACACUAUGAAUGUUCCGUUUAGAGAAGGAAUCGGAAAUUCGACUUACCGGAAACUCUUCAACGGCGUUUUCAAAAGGGUUUAUGACACAUUUCGACCGUCGGUGAUGGUGGUACAAUGCGGGGCGGAUGUUAUCAAAGGUGAUCCUAUUGGUCAAUGCAACGUCACGCUGAAGACGAUGGGGGAUUGUGUGAAGGAGAUCAUUGGUUGUAAAGUGCCAACCAUGUUUUUGGGAGGAGGUGGGUACAAUUUUGCGAAUUGUUCCCGAUAUUGGACAUACCUGACUUCCAUCAUUGCCGGAACAGAACUGGACGAGUGUGAAGAUAUACCGGAUUCAAGUGCGUAUUUCGUCGAGUUUGAACCAACUUACGAGCUGAAGAUUGAUGCUAGCAAUGCCAAAGACCACAACGACAAAGACUACGUGAAAUCUCUAAUCGACACCAUAGAUUUAUAUUGUCAGAAGAUGCAGCAGAAAAAUGAUACGUAAUGUUCUUAAGAUGUUAUAUUAACUAUCAAUUACCAAAGAAAUACUAAGAACAUUCGACUGAUUAACCUAAGCUGAAUUAUUCUGAUGAUAUUAAAUUCAUUGCAGUUUGUUCAAUAACUGGAUUAUUUUGUAGUAUUUGUAUUAAUCAUUUUGCAGUUA